AUGGCAGAUAGCUGCACAGUCCUCGUCGAGAACCUGCCGGCGGACGCCUCGCGGGAGGACCUCUCCACCUACUUUGCCUUCCACGGCCACGUCGAGAAGGUCCUGCUAGACGGCACGACCGCACUAAUCACGUUUGAGAGCGGCGCGAGCGCCCGGUCGGCGCUGCUCUUUGACGGCGCCGAGUUCCACGGAUCGGCGAUCGCUGUCGCGCUGGAUGCGGCCUGCGUCGACCCGAUCCGCAGGACGCUGGCCGACGGCUCGGGCUCGCCCUCGGGCGGCUCCGGCGGAG